GCUCAUAUAGGGGUUGCCGCGUCACCCUUUCGACUGAUAUCAUCAACAGCACUCCAAACAGGGCAUUGCGAUUAAUGGAAAAGAAUAUUCUAUUCGAAUACAUUAUUGGAGUACCUGCAUGGAAAUACCACCAAAAACAACUACCAAUCCUGGCACACUCGGGAUAGCCCCUGAUGCCGUACUGGUGAGCAAUACUAACACCGCCAUCUUUGUCGCGCUAGCAACUGUGAGAUGUCUGAGGCCCUCUAGCAGGAAUACUCCUCGUGGGAUAGCUGCUCGUAUAAGGGAUCGAGCUACUCAACAAGGGCCUUUUUCCGGUCGGCUAUCCUUGUGUCUGCUGAUGCCAAGGUGGGGCCCAAGCAGUAACACUGUCUAUGAAGCCGUCAGUGAAGAUAACAUCCGCCGUAGCGGUAGAGAACUAUGACUUGUAGAGAUUAUCGUAGCAUCAUUUUCAAUUCGAG